CAGGCUGUCACAAGCUACACAGCUUCCUGGAUAAUCGUGUGGGUGGAUUCUGGAACUGGAUGUUUACGCUGAGCAAGGUUCCUGAGCUUGGUGACACGGUGUUCAUCGUAUUAAGAAAACAGCCCCUAAUCUUCCUACACUGGUACCAUCAUGUCACAGUCCUUCUGUAUGCUUGGUAUUCAUAUUCCGAUUACAUUGCCACUGCACGAUGGUUCGUCUGUAUGAACUACCUGGUGCACAGCAUCAUGUAUAGCUACUAUGCUCUAAAGGCCCUCAAGUUCCGGGUGCCACGUUGGAUUGCAAUGAGCAUUACCACUGCACAGCUGGCUCAGAUGAUAAUGGGGGCUGCUGUCAACAUCUGGGCUUACCAAGUGAAGCAAGCAGGCAAUGAAUGUCAUGUUUCAUAUGACAACAUUAAAAUCUCUCUCCUUAUGUAUACUUCCUACUUUGUCCUCUUUGCACACUUCUUCCGCCGAGCUUAUGUUGUGAACCCGAAGCAAGUAGGAGCUCAGCCAGCCAGGAAGGGCCAAGAAUCUUUGGCUUAUGAAGGAAAGAGUAGCAAGGGAAAAUUGGAAUAAAGAUUAAUGAGGUUGGACACACACAAAAAUAAUAGCUACAUGUCUUUGCUACAAAACCUCAAUUUUCCAAGAAUUGUUGGUAUGUAAAGGUUAAUUCCAAGGAUAUUAUGAUGCAUUGAUUCAUGCUGUUCUGCUUAUCAUUCUGUUUCUUGACAUAAGAACAUGUUCAGUGGAUCUUUGGAAUGUUGUUAAGAGGAAGUUGCAGCUUCUCAAACAUUAAAGCAUAUAACUUUUUAAGGUCAUGACCAAAGUUAAAACAAACUUGGGAUAAGUUUUACAUAACUCAAACUGGAAAGUUGAGGUUGUACUGUACCUGUAAACUCUAUUUCUUCAUCCAGCUUUUAAGUGCAAAGCUUCUAACAAAAACAAAACAAAAAAAACUGUGAACAGCUAAAAUAAGAAAAUCUUGCUGGGAUGUAUAAUGACAGUACAGUAGUAAAUAUUGUCUACAGGUAAAUACUCGUAAAAAAAAUUUUUUGUUCUAAAAGAACCAAAAAGUGUUACUUAUAACACUAAUGGAAUUAGUGUUAUUAAAGCCUUUAUCAGUUGGUUAAUGCAUAAUAGUAAAAUGGCAGAUGAAAUUUAGAAUGAAAAUAAACCCUUAUUAUUAAAGAUUUAACACUUAAUGUCUGUGAUUGGACUAAUGUACAGUACUGUACUACAGCAGAUUGUUAAUUAAUUACCAGUAUAGCACACUUUCUGGGUACAUACUGUAUAAGGAAUGUACAUUUGGCAUAAUGAAAAAAUGUAGCAUAUGUUGAACAUAAAAAUCUAAGUGCAUUGUCUGAGUACUGACUUUUGCUAAUUAGUAACUGAAGCCUUUACAAAUCCAUGGGUGAAUAUUUUGCUAAACUAGUAUGUACUAGAUCCAUGUCCACAGGAUACUGUGGGACUGAGAAAGAUGAUUAUUACAGUCAUGGGGAACAACUAAACCCAUAGGGAUCAUACAAUUCUUUGGGGAAUGGGAGGCAUUCAGGUUUGAUUCAAGGAAGGGGAGCACAGGUCAAAUUCCUUGGAUCAAAAGUCCCUUGCUGGAAGGGGAUUUAGUUAGGACCCAACUGGUCUUGCAUCUAAACAUAAGGAUUCAGUAUAUCUUUCUCCAACCUUUGAUAUCUUGAAUUGCAUUACCUUUGUUUGAACAGCAUACUUUGUGUUUCUUGUAGUAUGCUAUUUUAUAUAAAUAAAAUAAAUUAUAUAAUUUAUAUAUACUGUAUACAAAUUAUAAACAUGUAUUUAAUAUGAUUUAUAAAAGAAGACUGCAUAAUUUAGUCUAAACUGGUUUUGUUCCCAGUUUUUUAAAUUCUUUAUUAAUUAAUCCGCAGCACGGUAUGACCCUGGUGGGUUUAGUGCUUAGUCUUGAUUAAUUAUUAUAAUCAAGAGAUAAAAUUUGUGAAAAGUGAAUAUUAGUACUAAUUUAAAACAUUGUUCACAUUUGUUUUUGUUGAUAUUUCUGAGAAGCCUACUCUUGUAUGAGUAUUUAUAUAAAUUGCCUUAACCAUUAUUGGUGAACCCAGUCUUAUGAGAAAUUUUAGUGUCUCCAUUCUUAUGUUAUUGUUCUCGCAUGAAUCCCCCCCCCCCAAAAAAAAAAAAAAAAUUAAGUUACAUAUAGGAUACCUAUGAAGAGUUUUAGGGGUCACCACCUCCCUGGCCCAGUCCCAGUCCAGACCUAGUUACUGGCCUGAUUGACCAGCCUGUUGAUGCCAACCACAUGCAGACCAAGGUAUUCACUACAGCCUGGAUGUGGUGCAUACAUUGGCCUUUGUGCAGCUGACACCAAUGGCCUGAUCAGUCAAGUCAGCAACUGAGAAGUUUCAACACUUUACAGAAAGGGUUUUCAGUAGAUCAGUCUCAAGGCACUGGAUGUGUUAAUGUGCGAGUACUGUACUCAUUCAGCAAUUCAGUAAGUAAUAUAUAUUGAGGGAAAAAAUACUUUAUAUUGUAUGCAAUAGUAAAUUGUGGAAACUGUACAUCUGCAUUUUAUAGAAUCAUUUUGUUUGUAAAACCUGAGUAAUACGACAGAUCUUCCAAUAUGCGAGCUAAAACGUGGUAAUCAGACUGCAGAUGGUUAAUAUUUAUAAAAACACUUAAAACUUCUCUUGCCUCCCAAUUGUUUUGAAUAGACAAACUGGUUAAGUUUAAGGUUUAACAAAUCAACCUCAAGAUACUCUGUGUGCUAUAAUGUAUAGUAUAUAUAAUUUAUGUUGGGCUCUUUGCAAUUAACAAUUUCUUCCAGUUUAAGGAUUUUUUCUUUAAAUAACUCAGGUGUAUCUUUUAGUAAUGUUAUUCUGCAUGGGCUUAGGGUUUAGAUGUAAAAAAAAGUAUGAAAACUUAACUGGUUUGUCUUUGAAAUGCAGAGGCUUGAGAUAUCUAGCAAAUCUUUUUUACAGCCAAAAAGGUGAAUGAAAUAUUUUUUAACCUUAGGCAUCAAGAGACAUCUCUCUUAGUGUAUUCAAGUUUACAUUAAUCCCUGUCCUAUGAAUUAAAGUAUCCUUGACUGGUGGUGAACAUGUUAAUGUCAGCCUUAAUGAUCCUUUGUGUAGUCGAUUGUGUUUAAACCCAAUUAACGAACCAUCCUUAACCUACAGUAUUGUCACUGGCUUCUGUUUAAUGUUCACUUGAUGUUAAUGACUGUUAACACUUAUUGUAUGAAGUUUAUACCUUAAUAUUAGACAGUAUUGUACAGUAGUCCAAUUGACAGUAUUUAAUACUGUAUUAGUUCAUCUAAAUGCAGAACAAAUAUUGGUGAAGUUGCCGAUAAUGUUAAAUAAAAGAAAACGCACAACUAAUGAGAUUUAUUAUGGCUAGGUUUUGUUCUCCAGAAGGUUUAUAAAUACCCAGCAUCCUGCUAAAACUGGCAAGUAAAAUGUAGCCAUAAUAAAAGGCUCAUAAGUUGCUUUUAUUUAUUUUUUUUUUAAAUGCAGAAAGCAGAGAUGCUGCAUUAUACACUGUAGAUCUUUCAGAAAUGCACAAUUUAAGCACUGGCAGAGCAAUUUUUUUUUUUUAAUGGCAUUCAAAGGAAAAUAUUUUAUCUAGGUAUAUUUUAUAGCAUUUCUCUAGAUGUUGAGGGUAUUGUCUGAAGCAAAAUUAAGAUUUUCUCUUGUCAUAAAAAACAGGAAUGAAAGAAUUUUUAGUUGUCAUUGUUUAGCAUUAAUGGUUUACAAUGUGUGGCUAUCACUGGAAACAUUUUUGUUUUGUAGUUAUUUUGUGACAAGUUCAUACAUUUAUUUCAUGGAAUGUCUCAUUCUAUAUAAGCUUUUUUCUGAAAGGUACAGCUAUAAAAGUUUUUAGAAAAAUCAAACCUGAGUUAGGGUACUAUUAGUAAUGAUUCAAAGAUCAUUGAAACUCUUAAAUUCUGCGUUUUAUAUAGUUUAGAAAAAAUACAUUUCAUGUUCUUUAGGUGCACAAAUACUUAUGUAUGCAGAUAGUCAUACUGUAAAUUUUUUUGGGAGGUUUAUUGGCAUGUUACAAGUGGCUAUCAAAGCUGCAAUCUACAUUGCAAAGAAAACUAAGUUUCUGGCAAAAGAAUUGCUUCUGAAGGUUGUAAGCACAUCCAUCUUGCAAAGGAAAUUAUGAAGGCACUAGUGUUGAUGGCCCCUUUUAUUGCCUAAUUUGAGAUUCAAGUCACUCACACCCCAGUUGUAGCUAUUAAUGCUCCAGUUUUAUCCUCACUAACAUGACAGAAUUUGUAAAAUUAUAUUGAGGAUAGUCAUUCAGUGUUACUUAUGUAGAUUGAUGCAUUGUUACUCUUAGGAGCAUUAUGCAAGUGUUUUGCUCUCUCAAGCUUUUUCAGUUUGUAAUUUUGAAAGAGCACCAGUCUUCAGCAAAUUGGAUAUUCUUUAUAAUUUGAAUUAAAGAUUUUUUUUUCUAAAUAAACCCAUUAGUUUAUCAGGUGGCUUGCUCCCUUUUCUCCUAAGAAAAAUUUAAUUUGAUUACCUAGAUUUUAUCAUGAAAAUCAUUGCUGAGCUUUCCUUUAUACCAAUAGAACAUGUAAUUUUUUUUAUUGUGAGCUUUCAGUAAUAUUGGAUAUAUUUUAACAUUACAUAAUUUUACAAGUUAAUUAAAUAAUUUAUUUACAAUCAACAUGAAUUGUUGAGUAAUGAUUCCAUCCAUAGUAUAACUUUUAGGGUGUGCAUUAUUGUAAGACAAAUUAAUUUUUAUCUACUUAAGGACAUUUUUGUUUUUUGUUUUGUUUUUUUAAUAUUUCCUUUUUUUUUUGGAAGGUAUUAGUUUAGUGUAACCAUUACCCCCCUCCCACACAGAAAAAAAAAAAAAAAAUUGUUAAAACUAAGUGGUUACUACUAAACUGUUGCCUCAUGGUGCCCAAUUCUUAAUUAAAUGGAGGAAUGUUU